UUAUAUCUGAGAUAGAUCAGAAUUCAGAGUCACAACAAAUCAUACAAAAAAGAAUAAGUGCGAAUAGAGCUUCAAAUGAAUCCUUAUUAUGGGGAACUUAUCGACCUAAUUUAUACUUUGGCACGAGGCCUAGAUUACCUGAAAGUUUGAUGACCGGUUUAAUGUGGUUUGGGGUUAAUGACCUAGAGGAAAUAAGACACGAAUGUGAUCAAUCAGAAAAAUUAGAAGAAUAUAGUUAUAAGAAACAUGAUGGUCGAGAUUUUGCACUCCAGACUAUUACCGACGCUGAAAAUAAUGUUAUAUUGAAUAUAGAAUUUUUGAAAGUAUCGGGUGGUGGUCAUGGUGGAGAUUGGGCAGUUCGAAUAUCCGGAAAACCUAUUUCUGAAGACAAACCCUCAGGAUUAUCACUUCUGUAUUAUUUUGGAUUAGAAGGAGAUGGAACGAUAGAUUUAGAAAGUAGAUUAGACCAAUCGGGAUUAGACAAUCCUGUCGAGCUUAGUGGAACAACGCCUGAUCUCGGACCAUUCUCUAUUAAGAUAGUUGAUGGUCAAGGUAAUAGGAUUCCAAAGUCUGCUGCAUUGAGCAUGCAAACGCAUCCUGAUUUACGAAAAACGCAAUAUUGGGGGCAUUUAAUUCCUGAUGGUGAUAUAUGGCGCGCAAAGUUUUAUUUAAGAGGAUUUUAUUCCCAAAAGCUUGAACAUAUGCGUGAACAACUUGCCUCUGGAAAUAUUCCUGCCCCGCCUUUCUUAUUUGCUUUACAUAAUCAAAUGCAUGAAAAUUCUAAUUUUUAUAUUUUUCAAAAGAUGGUGGAAGCUCCAUUCCAGUUUGAUAUCUUUUUUGAGUCGGGUUCAUCUCCGGUACAUAUUGAAGAAUCAGAUUUUACUUCAAAUCUUCAAUCUAGUUCAAAAAAUUUUGAUACGAAAUUUGAGAAUAUCUUUGGUUUAGCUUCAAAGGGGUUUGAUGAUGACCAUAUUUAUUUUGCUCAAACAAUGUUGAGCAAUUUAAUUGGUGGAAUAGGGUAUUUCUAUGGAUCAAGUAUAGUUGAUAGAUCUUUUACAGAUGUGGAUGAAGCUGAGGAAUAUUUUUGGGACAAUAUCAGGAAAGCAGAUCCUAAAUUAACACCACCAUCAGCCUUAUUUAGUGCCACACCAUCUCGUCCUUUCUUCCCCCGCGGAUUUUAUUGGGAUGAAGGAUUUCAUCAACUUUUAAUUGGAUAUUGGGAUAAUGAUCUUAGUUUGGACAUAAUCAAACAUUGGACAUCACUAAUCGGUAAUGAUGGGUGGGUUGCGCGCGAGCAAAUUUUGGGCGAAGAGGCUAGAAGCAAGGUUCCUCCAGAAUUUCAAACGCAAUAUCCACAUUAUGCCAAUCCUCCAACAUUAUUAAUGGCAAUUGAGUCUUUCAUUGAACGAUUGGAUAAUACUACAAAAUCACAACAAUUUAAUAUAGAUGCGGAUAUAGCUUUGAACUUAGGACCGUCUGAUAUUCUAACUACUACCACAGAUUCAUCAAUCUUACCAACACGUCAUUUGCAAGAUUUAGAUUUAGCAAAGAGUUUUUUAGCAGAGAUCUACCCAAAAUUAAGAUCAAAUUAUAAAUGGUUUAGGAGAACACAAUGGGGUGGAAUUAAAGAAUGGGGUAGAAGAGCUAGUAAUAGUAGAGAAGCUUACAGAUGGAGAGGUAGAACUCCUGGACAUACUUUAACUUCAGGCCUGGAUGAUUAUCCAAGACCAACUCCACCACAUCCUGCAGAAUUACACAUUGACUUGAUGUGUUGGGUAGGAUUUAUGGCAAGAUCACUUAGGGAUAUUGCCGAGAGACUAGAUGAGGAAGAUGAUGUCGAAGAUUUCGGUAAACAUUAUAGAGACAUUAUUAAUAAUUUGAAUGAUUUGCAUUGGAGUGAGAAGGAUCAAGCAUUUUGUGAUGUUUCAAUUGACGAAGAUAAUGAAUCAGUUCACGUGUGUCACAAAGGCUAUCUAUCAUUAUUUCCAAUGUUACAUGGAUUUUUACCAAAUGAUUCACCAAAGCUUGGUGCUACCUUGGACUUAAUGUACAAUCCGAAUGAGCUAUGGUCACCAUAUGGAUUAAGAUCACUUUCAGAAUCCGAUAAAUAUUUUAAUACAGAAGAAAAUUAUUGGAGAGGACCUGUUUGGAUAAAUGUUAAUUAUUUUGUUUUAUCAUCUUUAUAUAAAGAGUUUAAUAGAACAGGGUAUUCAUGGGAACAAUAUUCUUCUAUUAAUGGAGAAGGAGUAAGAAGUCAUCCAUUUAACGGUUGGACUUCGUUAGUUACGUUGAUAAUGGCUGAAAAAUAUUAA